AUGGCGGACGUGGCAGCAAAGGAGCGGAGGAUACUGGUGGCCGUCGAUGAGGGAGAGCAGAGCAUGCACGCACUCUCCUGGUGCCUCAGCAACGUCAUCUCCGAGAAUUCCAAAGAUUCCGUUCUCCUCCUCUACGUCAAACCGCCCCCCGCCGUUUACACCACCCUCGACGGCACCGGGUAUUUGUUUUCGUCCGAUAUAAUGGCGGCCAUGGAUAGGUACGGUUAUGACGUGGCACAAUCCGUUCUUGAGAAGGCCAAGCGGAUGUGCAAAGACCUUCACGAUGUUAAGGUGGAGAGUAUAGUAGAGCAUGGUGAUCCGAGAGAUGUAAUUUGCCAGAUGACACAGAGAUUGGGUGUUGAUGUGUUGGUGAUGGGUAGCCGUGGUUAUGGCCUGAUUAAGAGGGCUUUUCUUGGAAGCGUGAGCAAUCACUGUGUACAGAAUGUGAAGUGCCCUGUUUUGAUCGUGAAGAAGCCCAAAUCUACCGUUGCAAACAACUGA